ACUGCGAGUGACAGCUGCUUAAGUUUUAUUAAAUCGGUUGUCUAAUUCAAAUAAACUUUUUUCCAUGAAAAACUUAAAAUAAUAUGUGAUAUUUGUUACUAAAUUAUUAAGGAAAACAUCUUUUCCUAAGUUAUUAUUGAUUCUGUGGGAAAGUAGCCCACAAUGUUUUCUGCGUUUAAAAGAUUUGCUGGAAAAUCAGACGGAGUUGGCAAUGUAUCUCCUAGACCAGCUCACCAAUCUAUGCCAACAACAUUACAGAGAAAAUUUGCUAAAGGUGUACAGUAUAAUAUGAAAAUUAUUGUAAAGGGUGAUAGAAACGUAGGAAAAACUUGUUUAUUUCAUAGACUUCAGGGUCAGAAAUUCAUAGAAGAAUAUAUACCAACAGAAGAAAUACAAGUGACCAGUAUUCAAUGGAAUUAUAAAGCUACUGAUGAUAUUGUUAAAGUUGAAGUUUGGGAUGUUGUAGAUAAAGGACGACGUAGAAAAAAAUUAGAUGGUUUAAAAAUGGAUAAUUCGCCAUCAGAAAAUAUUAUUGAGGAGCCUGCUUUAGAUGCAGAGUUUCUUGAUGUCUAUAAAGGGACCAACGGUGUUAUUAUUAUGAUGGACAUUACAAAAUCUUGGACAUUUGAUUAUGUACAAAGAGAACUUCCAAAAAUUCCUAGCCAUAUUCCAGUGAUUGUUUUAGGAAAUCACUGUGAUAUGGCACAUCAUAGGACAGUUACAUCAGAUCAUGUAACAUACUUUAUUGAUUCAUUACAUGAAAGAACAGCACAAGUAAGAUAUGCAGAAUCAUCUAUGAGAAAUGGAUUUGGAUUAAAACUUUUGCACAAAUUCUUUAAUCUUCCAUUUCUUCAACUACAACGAGAAACAUUAUUAAAGCAACUUGAUACCAAUGAGGAGGAAACACGUUUAACAGUACAGGAACUUGAUCUCUUUCAGGAUAGCGAUGAUGCCAAUUAUAAUAAAUUCUUGGAUAAUCUUGUUAACCGAAGAAGAGCUCUUGCUGAUUCUGUUUCUGCCACUACUCUAGUCCCUAAUAUUACAUCUUCACUGAGUAAUCAUCAUAUGUUAUCUUCAAAUGGCAAUACAAAUGCAAAUAUGGAAGUUAAAAGAUCAGUUUCCAUGCCAGGUCCUAUAGGUGGUGGAACUCCUAUUCCAGUUAAAAGUAUAGAUUUGAAAUCACCACCAAAAAAGGACACUUUUAUAAAUACUUUGGAAAAUCAAGCAGUUCCUAUAAAAAAUUCACAGACGAUAUCAGCAUUAUCGACUGGACAAAAUAUUUCAAAAACAGAUCCUAAAAUGACUGAAUUUUUAAAUGACAAUUCUGAUAGAAGAGAUUCAAUGAAUAAAUCGCAAUCGCUUAUGUCGAAGAUAUUUGGUAAUAAGAAAGAAGAUGAAGUAGACAAAGGAAUACAUAUUAACAAUACAAAUACAAACGUACCACUAACUAGCGUCGAAGAUUUUAUACCAGAUGAUGGUCUUCUAGAUCGAUCAUUCCUAGAAGAUAACAAUCAAGUUUCGCCGCAAAAAGUACAACACGAAGAAGUAGAUACUGAGAGUGAUACUGAGACUGCAAAUCCUUUGGUUGCUGGUUACGAGGAUGAUCUAUCUUCGGCUGAUGAAACAACACCUCCCGUUCAACCAAAAUUAGCUGAAAAUCCUUUGAGUAAACAAAAACAUAAACGCGAAACUUUGUCAAAUACGGAAAUAAAUUCGGAAAAGCUAAGACAAAAUGUUAAACGCGAUUCCGUUUCAUCGAUAGAUCAAGAAAUAGAAAUAUCGAAUAAUUAUGAGGUGAACGAGCAACAAGGAAUUAAUUCUGAUGCGUUUGAUAGCUGGCUCCGACGAGAUUCUAAAUGGAGACAAAGUCCAGAAGGCGGAGAAGAUGUGAGCAGUAAUAGUACUAGAAAAGAUAGACUGGAGUUGAGUGACAAAAGUUUAGAUGUUAGCGUAACAAGUUCAAAUGUUCAUCUAGAAUUGCUCGAUAAUACCAGUGUACGCCAUAUGAGUUCAGAUGGUGGUAGUCCUGUAUUGAAAGAAAAGAAAAAGCACAAAGAGAAGACGGAGGACAAAGAAAAAAAGAAAAAGAAGAAAUCUAAAGACAAAGAAAAAGAUAAAGACAAAACGGAUAAAGUAGAAAAAAAGAAGAAACGUUCGUUACAUCGUUCAAAGGAUGAAAACAGAGAACGUGAUGAACUCGAAGAAUUUUUAAAUGGUUCUAUAACUAGAAUUGGUGUUGAUGUUGCUUAUGAAGCAAUAUAGCAAUUUUAAGUAACAUUUAACUGUACUUUUAAUUAGUAAUGCUGACUUCUGGUAAGGCAUGCAAAAUGUUAACAUUGAACGAUCUUUAACACUGAAUUGUCAGAAAAAAAUAAAUUUCGUACUACUGCUUGCUAAUAUUUUAAAGCAAGUGAUAUACAGUGUAAAAAUUCUGUUAAAAUUCUUUAUAUUAUAAAAAUAAUGUUACCAACCAUACAAGCAAAUUCUAGUAAAAUAAUUUUUAUUUUAACUUAAAACUUUCGUAAAACAUUAAUUAAUAUAUUUAUUAAAUUAGCAUUCCGUUCACAUCUAACUCAUGAAAAUGAGUGAUUUCAAAUUUAUACACAUUUUAUCAUUACA